UGUGUCAGCAGCGUACGUCUCCUAACGGCACACCCACGGGGCGUAUCGCGUCACCAGCAGCAGCGGCUUGGGUGACGUAGUUGCCCCUGGUAACCUGGAGAGAGUCGCCGCGUAGAGGAUGGGUCUGCUAUCUAUCUUGCGUAAAUUGAAAAGUGCUCCAGACCAGGAGGUACGAAUCCUGCUCCUAGGUCUCGAUAAUGCAGGAAAAACCACAUUGCUAAAACAGUUGGCGUCAGAAGACAUUAGUCACAUCACCCCAACACAGGGAUUUAAUAUAAAGAGCGUCCAAUCUCAGGGAUUUAAACUCAAUGUAUGGGAUAUAGGUGGACAAAGGAAAAUCAGGCCGUACUGGAGGAACUAUUUUGAGAAUACAGAUGUACUGAUUUAUGUCAUAGACAGCGCGGAUAGAAAACGCUUUGAAGAAACAGGACAGGAACUGGCUGAGCUUUUGGAUGAGGAGAAACUGAGUGGGGUCCCUGUGCUGAUCUUCGCUAAUAAACAGGACUUACUGACAGCUGCACCAGCCUCGGAAAUUGCUGAGGGCCUAAAUUUGCACACAAUCCGAGACAGAGUCUGGCAGAUCCAGUCCUGCUCAGCCAUCACAGGAGAGGGAGUGCAAGAUGGAAUGAACUGGGUUUGCAAAAAUGUGAAUGCAAAGAAGAAAUAAAGGACUGAAAGCAGCAAAGGCUCACACAGACUGCUUUACCACCAACGUUCUUUUCCCUGCAACGGACUCUAAGUAGUCACGGCUGAUGUUUUAUGUUUUUUCACAGAUUCUGGAUACAGUGCAUACAAACACCUAUAUGCUGGUCUGUGUCACUGCAACAAAGCAUGUCUAAUCUGUUUCUUAGCCCACCUGCCAUCUAUGUAAUAUUUUCAAUUACUCAUCUAUCCUAGACUCCAAGAUCUACUGUAGGUAUAGAAAAGCACCUUUGUCUAAUGCCAUUAGUACCAUUCAUUGACAUCAGUGGGCUACAUAGGAAUACUAUUAAAUAGAAUUCGCUCUGCAUUAAUUCCAGGAUGACCUCUAGUCUGUAUACACCAUUAGGGUAUAGGAAGGGACUAUAUGGCAAUAAAACUCCUUGUUUGUAGAUCUGCCACAAAUGCUGCUCAAGUGAUGUUUACCAUAAGAGGCAGGCUACCGCAACCUCUCUAUAGCUGCAGCUGUUCAUCCAGUAAUUCCACCCAAUGCUCACAGACAGUUAAUAGCUUGAGAUUUUCUUCCCUAUUCAUCGCCCUAAUGCUUCACUCCUACCUCAUUGAUUAAUGAGAAGUACCUCUACUUAGAGCAGGCAUGUUUGUAACCUAUAGCAACCAAUGCAGACAUUUGCUAAAAUGUCUUGACCGUGUUAAAAAAAAAAAAAAAAAUGUUUUAAUAAUAAUAAUAAAAAAAUAAUCCAGGACCUGGUGAUUGUGGCUUAUUGCUCACUGUUUGCCAUGCACCUGUUUUAUUUGAUUCCACCCCAUGCAACUAUUCCAGAGAGAUACUCGUUCUAAAAUCAUUCCUGCGCUCCCUGUAUAUUGUAGCAAUAACCACUUAAUGCAGUGGAGACGCGUACUACAGACGUUAAAUAUAAGAAGUGCAAAACCCUAAAAAACACUAAAGGACCUCCAUUGAUAGCUGGUGAAAUGUGCUGAUGUUUUGUUUUUCUUAACGCCCAAUCUGUUCUAAUACAGCUCAGAACAUGAAAGUAAAUGCCUGGUUGCUAUUGGUUACAGUGUAUUUGUCCAAAGAGCGGUAGGUCAUCUAAUAAACAUCUAUGAUCUAAAUUCAUUAAUUGUUAAUUUGAGUGGAAUAGCAAAAGCUUUUGAUUACAUCGCUCCUAAUAUAAAAUGGAGAUCAAGCUAUUUUUGCCCCUUGAUCUGGCUGACAUUUGGCAGUGAUUUCCUUAUGCUUUAAAUCUAUUUCGGGUAAAUGUAAAGAUGAUCUAGCUAACAACAAUCUUACUGUCAGAUGGAAGUUUUGAUAACGGCAAUCCAGAAACACUUGACAUUCAAAAAUAUUUGAUUACACUUACAUUUACUGUAGGAUCUUAAAUCUUGGGUCAACUCACAAAUCAUGAGUCCACCAGAAACCACCCAUUUUAUGCAGGCGAUGCCUCAGAAGGUGGCUACACUUCUCAAUGCAAGACCAAAGUUUUCCAGGUACAAAGGUCAUGUAUGUACUGGAGUGUGAUCCAACGGUGGUGAUGAGUUAUAGAGGACAGCCGUUUGGCAAAUGGAUCUGUGGGGACCACAGGGCUGGUGUAUCAUUUCAUUGGUAAAUGGCUUUGGAAUAAUGAUGCUAUGAUGGAAUAAAGAGAAGUGUUAAUCUGUGCUCAGCUUCUGGGGUCACUGCAUAUACUAUUGCUGGAUAAUACCUAUCUAUGCGUUUACCUAUGUCCUCUCCUGUAUAUACAAAGGUCGCAAAUGAUAGGUAACACUAAGGUACACAUUUAGAAUUUAUGUUUUUAAACUAUACUGUAAAAUAGUCAAAAUAAGAAUUUGCAUCUGUCUAGUAAGAAACCGUUUAUAUAAAUAUUUAUUAAGAUGUUUGGUUAAAAAAAAUUAUGCUGGGAUAACCGUUAUUGUUAAAAUGAAGUUAAUUCCAAUAUGCACGUUUUUGUAUAUUGUAUAAUUUUUACAUGGAUUACUUAGCAUAUUGUUAGUGCGGUGUUGGCUGGUUUUUCAAUGAAUUAUUCAAACUGUACUGAAACAAAAAAGUAUUAGAUUGCUCCAAGUGUAUCCUGUUAUUUGUACAAUCCUAAUCUCCUUAGAAAGCCCAGUAACUGAGAGACGUUGUACAGUACAGUUGGGUUAUGAAUGGACCGGCUGAAACUUCCACCCAAUCACUGAUCUCCUAAAUGUGGCGUCAUGUCGGACAGUUGUUUCAGCAAUUACUGAAUUAUUACUGAUGUGAGUAUGGUAGCCUAUAUCUAUCUGUGAAAGCGCUUCAUUCAGUACUCUGCAUAACGUAAGGGGCAGAUUUAUCAAUGCUUGGAGAUACAGUAGAUCACGUAGUGUGGGUGAUGUUGCAGGACCAGGGGGCAGAUGUAUCAAGCCUCGGAGAGAGAGAAAGUACCAACCAAUCUGCACCUAACUGUCAUUUUUCAAAAUGACAGGAGCUGUUUGAUUAGCCCUUUUUUUAUCUCCACGUUUCCAUUGUUUUGUGCAUUGUGCUAGUGCACAAAUAAAUACAUUUGAAGUCUGUGAAGUUACUUCUAAUGAUCUCCUUAACCCAAAUAAAAAUGUUAGCAACUGCUUUCAAUACACUUUUUUU